GUAUUCAUGGUCUGCUGAGGACUUUUGGCUAGGCUGCAAGUUAAACUUCUGGAGACUGUACACACUUUCUUUUGAUGCCGGGGUAACCCAACUGCAAUUGAUUUUGAUAUAUACAAGGAUAUUUUGUCAAAUUUUUUGAUUGACAAGAGCCUAGCUCUGAUCACACUUUGCUAAGAUCCUUACAUGAUACUUUUUUGUUGGCCAAGGUUUCUCCCGUUCUGUUCCUUUAUAAGUUUUAGAAUAACGACUCUGGUUAGGUAAAAUCUUGUACUACCGCGAUGCUAGAUGCAUUGGCGUCAUCCCUUAAAAAGUGUAAUUCUCUACUGAGAAAAGUUUGUCAAGAUGCUAAGUCAGUCUUCUUCAUUCCCAAUAUUUUUGAGCUUGAUUCAGGGGCAGAUCGUGGCUUUGCACUGUGAAAGUGUGUGUGCUCAUUGAACGCUCAGAACCUUUUUACCGUAACUUCGGGAUGCAGGGAGUACUCCAAAACUUGCAGUAAGGGACAGCUGGCUGCAAAGCUUUGGAUCCAGUGGCUGUUCUUCAACUUCUGCAGCGCCAGUGGAUGAUGAUUGCGGAAUCAUGAUGAUGAUUGCGGAAUCGCAACAGAUUCCUUCUCUGAAACAGAAUUAAAAGGAACUGGGGCACCCAGUUUUAGUACGUUAAGGUGACUAACUCAGCAGUUUUUUGCUACUAAAUUGAUGACUAAACGCGUUGUACCCUUCAGUGAGUUGUUUUAGUACACCUGCCCUAUAAAGUCACUAAUCUUCCCUGCAGGACUCACAGGACCGCUUGAGCCCAACCAACAGAUCAAUGUGAGCUCUAGCUCUGCCAACUAAGCUCGUGCAUUGAGAAUUCAAGAUUAUAUCGCAGAGCCAGCAGAAAAUAAAAAUAUAUAUUUUGAUGCAGAUGGAUGCUGACAACAGCCCUUUUAUGACCCUUUCCGUGUUCUUUGUGGACAAUUUUUCUAUAACGUGCAGUUAUCCUGUGACGCCUGUAUUGAGGUUGUGAACGAUAUGAAAACUUUCUUGCUAUAAACUACAGGGCUCAUCAGCUGUUUCGACGUUGCUUGAGAGAGUUUGCGGAGUCCCUAAACUCAAAAAGGCCGCUGGUAGUGGUAGGCAACCAAAGGCCUGCAGCCCAUAUCAGGCGCACAGCAGAACGCGGCAACCCCGCCAAGGCAGCUAUGAUUGACAGCUAAAAAGUCUUUCCAGGCCGAACAAGUUAUGACCUUUCAAUGGACCCAACGUGCAGUUAUCCUGUGACGCCUGUAUUGAGAUUGUGAACGAUAUGAAAACUUUCUUGCUUUAAACUACAGGUCUCAUCAGCUGUUUCGACGUUGCUUGAGAGAGUUUGCGGAGUCCCUAAACUCAAAAAGGCCGCUGGUAGUGGUAGGCAACCAAAGGCCUGCAGCCCAUAUCAGGCGCACAGCAGAACGCGGCAACCCCGCCAAGGCAGCUAUGAUUGACAGCUAAAAAGUCUUUCCAGUCGAUCGCAAAGCUGCCUUACUUUAAAACGAGAAGUGCGCAAGUAAGAGAUCCGAGUCGCAGCGUAAAAAAAUGGAAAGAGAAUCGCCCAAAAAGCUGGAGGACGCAUUGGAAGAAAUGGGAAUGCAGGGUGUGCUGCCGUACCUGCAGGAAGCUGGAGUGACUUUGUCACUAUUAGAAAGUGUGACAGAGGAGGAGCUAAAGGAAGCAGUUCUCCAAUUGGGACUGCGUAUACUAUUCAAGCGGAAGCUUACAAUUUGGAGAGAAAAAAAUAAAAUUACCAAGGUCAGCGCACGCCAAAACGAAAACGAGACCAAUUUUGUGCUCCACAAGAGCAUUCGUUCGAUUAUAGAGGCGAAGGAGCAUGGAAAAACGUUAAUUAAUAAAGGGAAUCUUGUUGAGGUGGAUAGAAUCUGGCUGAUCAACGCAAUAGUUGAGGUAGCCAUCAACAAUAAUUUAAUAAUUUUAAUAAUUUGUUAAAGUAAAAGUUUUCGGACUGCAACAAAUUCCAUUUGUAUGAUAUCUUAAUUUUUAAAGGAACUCAAAACCAAUUACUACUUAGGUGUAAUAUUAAGUGACUUUGAGUUAUUUAAAAUUAAUUUCUUUACUGUCUACAACAACGAAGCUUACGUUAUAUGACAACAAAUUGAAAUUACAAACUUUGAUAAACAUUUUCGUGCAUACGUAAUUGGCUCUGCUAAAGAAUAUUGUAUUAGAAAGUUAAGUGAAUUCGACACUGCUCCUUUGCAUUUA